AUGUCCGGCUCCAUCGCCUCGUACGACCAGCUGGUGCGGCAGGUGGAGGCGCUGAAGAAGGAGAACAGCCACCUCCGGCGGGAGCUGGAGGACAACUCCAACCACCUCUCCAAGCUGGAGAAUGAGACCUCGGACAUGAAGGAGGUCCUGAAGCACCUCCAGGGCAAGCUGGAGCAGGAGGCGCGGGUCAUGGUGUCCUCGGGGCAGACAGAGGUGCUGGACCAGCUGAAAGCCCUGCAGAUGGACAUCACCAGCCUCUACAACCUCAAGUUCGCCCCGGAGGCGGCCGGAGCCGGGCGCAACACCGAGGACAGCCCACCGCCACCCGCGCCCCACCGGGACGGCACCGGGGACCUGGGCAGAGCCACCCUCCGGCUGCUGGAGGAGCUUGACCGGGAGAGAUGCUUCCUGCUGGGUGAGAUCGAGAAGGAGGAGAAGGAGAAGGUGUGGUACUACGCCCAGCUGCAGAGCCUGGCCACGCGCCUGGACGAGCUGCCCCACGUGGAGACGUUCUCCAUGCAGAUGGAUCUCAUCCGGCAGCAGCUGGAGUUCGAGGCCCAGCACAUCCGCUCGCUGAUGGAGGAGCGCUUCGGGACGGCGGACGAGAUGGUGCAGCGGGCGCAGAUCCGGGCAUCCCGGCUGGAGCAGAUCGACAAAGAGCUCAUGGAGGCGCAGGACAAGGUGCAGCAGCCGGAGCCGCAGCUCUGCGGGAAGGUGCCGGGCACAGAGGGGGACGGCAGCCUGGACCCCCCGACCCACCCCGAGGAGGGGGGCAGCAGCCUGGGCAGCAGCAAGGUGGAGGUGGUCUUCUGGCUCCUGUCCAUGCUGGCCACGCGGGACAAGGACGACAUGUCCCGCACGCUGCUGGCCAUGUCCAGCUCGCAGGAGAGCUGCUUGGCCAUGCGCAAGUCGGGCUGCCUGCCCCUGCUCAUCCAGAUCUUACAUGACUCGGAUGGCGAACCGGGACCCCCCGAGAGCCCCGCCGGCGCCAAGGACGCCCGCAUGCGUGCCAACGCCGCCCUCCACAACAUCGUCUUCUCCCAGCCCGACGAGGGCCAGGCCAAGAAGGAGAUGCGGGUGCUGCACGUGCUGGAGCAGAUCCGCUCCUACUCGGAGACCUGCUGGGACUGGCUGCAGAUGCAGAGCAGGGACGGGGGCAGAGGCCCCGAGGGCGGUGCGGGUACGGGGGCGACGCCGGUGCCCAUCGAGCCCCAGAUCUGCCAGGCCACCUGCGCCAUCAUGAAGCUCUCCUUCGACGAGGAGUACCGGCGGGCCAUGAACGAGCUGGGCGGGCUGCAGGCAGUGGCCGAGCUGCUGCAAGUGGACUACGAGAUGCACAAGAUGACGAGCGACCCCCUGAACCUGGCCCUGCGGCGCUACGCCGGGAUGGCCCUCACCAACCUCACCUUCGGCGACGUGGUCAACAAGGCGACGCUGUGCUCCCGCCGGGGCUGCAUGGAGGCCAUCGUGGCUCAGCUGGGCUCCGACAGCGAGGAGCUGCACCAGGUGGUCUCCAGCAUCCUGAGGAACCUCUCCUGGCGGGCUGACAUCAACAGCAAGAAGGUGCUGCGGGAGGUGGGCAGCGUGACCGGGCUGACGCGCUGCGCCCUGCACGCCGGCAAGGAGUCCACGCUGAAGAGCGUUCUGAGCGCGCUGUGGAACCUGUCGGCGCACAGCACGGAGAACAAAGCUGCCAUCUGCGGGGUGGAGGGAGCCCUGGGCUUCCUGGUGAGCACCCUCACCUACAAGUGCCAGAGCAACUCGCUGGCCAUCAUCGAGAGCGGCGGCGGCAUCCUCAGGAACGUCUCCAGCCUCGUCGCCACGCGGGAGGACUACAGGCAGGUGCUCCGGGACCACAACUGCCUGCAGACGCUGCUGCAGCACCUGCGCUCGCACAGCCUCACCAUCGUCAGCAACGCCUGCGGCACGCUCUGGAACCUGUCCGCCCGCAGCCCCCGUGACCAGGAGCUGCUCUGGGACCUGGGGGCGGUCAGCAUGCUGCGCAACCUCAUCCACUCCAAGCACAAGAUGAUCGCCAUGGGCAGCGCGGCCGCUCUCCGCAACCUGCUCACCAACCGGCCCCCCAAGUACAAGGAUGCCGCCGUCGUCUCGCCGGGCUCCUGCAUGCCCUCGCUCUACAUGCGCAAGCAGAAGGCGCUGGAGGCCGAGCUGGAUGCCAAGCACUUGGCCGAGACCUUCGACACCAUGGAGAAGCAGAGCCUGAAGAGCCAGAGCGUGAAGAAGCCGACGCGGCACAUGGAGAGCCUGGUGAAGGACUACGCCUCCGACUCCGGCUGCUUCGACGAUGAUGAGGUGCCCAACAUCUCCACCGGCGUGGAGACGGCCAGUGCCUCCGUCCUCUCCAUGUUCCUCAACUCGUCCUUCCUCCAGGGGCAGGCACUGCCCCGGGCACUGGCACAGAGGCGAUGCCCGGAGCCGGAGAAGGACGGCAGCAGCAAGCCGGCCGAGCCCAAGAAGCUGCCGCUGCCAGAGGAUGAUGUCUCGCUGGCUGCCGAGAAGCUGGCCAACAAGAUCUCCAGCACGGUGGCCAAGAUCGACAAGCUGGUGGAGGACAUCUCCACCAUGCACACAUCCUCCGAUGACAGCUUCAGCCUCAGCUCGGAGGACCACUGCCUGGACUGGCAGUACGGCCCCGAGGAGGUGCACGAGGCGCGCGCCCAGUCCUGCUCGCCGUGCCGCCUCUCGGACGCCGGUGGCUUUGCCAAGCGGGAGAGCCUGAGCCGGGCGCACACGCUGCUGCGGCUGAAGACCGCCUACACCAGCCUGUCUAACGACAGCCUCAACAGCGGCAGCACCAGCGACGGCUACUGCACCAAGGAGCACAUGAAGCCCUGCACCAGGGCCGCCUUCCUCGACUACCGGGAUGAGCUGCAGCGCUACCAGAAGCGGCCGAGCCGGCUCGACCUCAAGAGCAUCCUGGGCGGCAAGCUGGAGCGGGUUGAACCCCCCGCGGGCAGCAAGCUCUCCCCUGACCCCCAGGUCCGCACCAUCAAACUCUCCCCGUCCUACCAGCACGUCCCCCUGCUCGAAAGCCUGGCCAAGAGCAGUGCGGCUGCCGGAGCCGGCCACCACCCCUCCCUCCUGGGCAGAAAGCAAGCCUGGCUCCCCCCCGCGCUGCUGCAGACAGCCGAGACCUUGAGCAAGAUCCCGGAGAAGCUGCCUGCCCACCCACCGGCCACGGCGGAGCAGGAGUCGGUGCAGAAGUACUCGGUGGAGGACACCCCGAUCUGCUUCUCCCGGUGCAGCUCCCUCUCCUCCCUCUCCUCGGCAGACAACGUGCUGGACGGGCAGAGCCACAGUGAGAACGACCUGGACAGUGACUCCUCCCUGGAGAUCCUGGAGAUGGAGGAAGGGGACGGGGAAGGCGAGGAUGGGAGGCAGGAGAAGGAGAAGGCGGCGGAUCCAGGUCCGGCCACGCUGGUGGGGAUUUCUCAGCCCAUCACCAUCCCCUUCCCGAAGCGUGACAAGGUCUUCCUGCGGGAGUCGUCACCAUCGCGCCAGGAGGACCUCACGCCCUCGAGCUCCUCGGAGAACUACAUCCAGGAGACGCCACUGGUGAUGAGCCGCUGCAGCUCCGUCAGCUCCCUGGGCAGCUUUGAGAGCCCUUCCAUCGCCAGCUCCAUCCAGAGCGACCCUUGCAGCGAGAUGAUCAGCGGCACCAUCAGUCCCAGCGAGCUGCCCGACAGCCCCGGGCAGACCAUGCCGCCCAGCCGCAGCAAGACACCCCUCUUCGAGCUGGGCUGCCAACCGGAGAAGGAGACCAGCCAGUUCAACAUCCAGUGGGAGAACAACGUCAAGAAGUUCAUGGAGAUCACCGACUUCAAGGAGCGCUUCCAGCUGCCCCAGGACCUGGACUCCAUGGUCUACUUCACGGUGGAGAAACCCAACGAGAACUUCUCCUGCGCCUCCAGCCUGAGCGCCCUGCCCCUCCACGAGCACUACGUCCAGAAGGACGUGGAGCUCAAGCUGAUGCCCACCUUCCCGGAGAAGAACAGCCUGAAUUUCGUGGCUCACGAGAAGCGGGAGGAGCGGCGGGAGGAGCGGUACCUGGAGGGCCGGCGGCGGGCCGACCGCCCCGAGCCCCCCUCCGAUGACGACAUUGAGAUCCUGAAGGAGUGCAUCAGCUCCGCCAUGCCCUCCCGCUUCCGCAAGGUGAAGACCUCCCUGCUCUCCGGUCAGGUCCUGCACCCCCAGACGAAAAAGCCGGUGCACGUCCCUGUCUACAUGCUGGUGCCAGCCCACGCGCACACCGGUGUCCCCAAGCACCUGCGUGCCACCGCCCGCGACCUCUUCAAGGACGACGACUCCUUCACCGACUCGGCUGACGGGACCCCCGUCAACUUCUCCAGUGCCGCCUCGCUGAGCGACGAGACCCUACGCUACCCGGCCGCCGAGGAGGCUGAGCACCCCCGCGGCCCGGGGACGGGGCGCUCGGCAGGGGUUCUGCCCGAGGGACACCGCGAGCGGGGUCGAGCCGUGGCCAAGACGGGGAGGGGAAGCGAGGCCAGCCCCCCCGAAGAGCGGACCCAGCCUGGAGCUGGAGGUGGGGAGGAGCAAUGGCCCCCCCGGGAAGAAGGAUGCUCCCCGGGGGACGGGGUGGCCUUCCAGUCGCUGUGCCACACCACACCGACGGAGGAAGCCGUCUACUGCUUCUAUGAGCAGGACUCGGACGAGCUGCCUGAGGCGGGCAGGGAGGCGUCCGGCAGCAGAGCCCAGCCCGGCCGGGCGCCCAGGAGGGAGCGCUGGGGCGGCUCCGUGCCCCGGAGGGAGCCUGAGCCCAGUCCCCGGCCGACGAAGGCGAAGCCGCAGAACAACCUCAUCGCCGACGAGACGCCGCCGUGCUACUCCCUCAGCUCCUCCAUGAGCUCCCUGAGCGAUGCCAACCUCUCCGACGGCGAGGAGCGGGGCCAGCCCUGCGGCAAAGCCCCCCGGCCACGGUCGGCCACGGUGGUGGGGCAGGCGCAGGGGGGCUCCCCCAGCUCCCCCAGCCGCAACUCGGAGGACGACCUGCUGCAGAAGUGCAUCGGCUCGGCCAUGCCCAAGCGCCGGCGGCCCUCGGCUCGCCGGAGGAUGGCGGAGCGCAAGCAGAAGCCGCCGGGUGCCGGCGGGAGGGAGCGGAAAGCGGAGGCAAGGCAUCGCCCCGCCGAGGACACCGGCUCCGACCGGGGCUCAGACCUGGACAGCGUGGAGUGGCAAGCCAUCCAGGAGGGUGCCAACUCCAUCGUCACCUGGCUGCACCAAGCUGCUGCCUCCCUCUCGCAGGAGCCUUCCUCCGAGUCUGACUCCAUCCUCUCCUUCGUGUCGGGGCUCUCCGUCGGGUCCACCCUGCAGCUCUCCCUGGGCAGGCAGGAGAAGAAGCGAGCCGGCAGUGUGGCCGGCCGGGAUGCAGCGAGGAGGGAGCACAGCAAGAGCCGCCCAGAGAGGAAGGAUGCGCCGGGUGCCCGUCCCGCUGGCCGCGGAAGCACCAGGACGGAGCGGAGCCCGGCAUCCACCAAGCCGGUGCCGAACCUGCCCGUGGUCUUCCGCGGCAGGACCGUCAUCUACAUGCCCAGCCUGGCCAAGGACACCCCCAGCCCGCGGGCCACCCCGAAGAAAAGCCCUGCGGUGAAGCCCGAGGCACCGCCGGCCAAGAACCUCUCCCUGAGCCAGCAGCGCUCACGGAGCCUGCACCGGCUGGGCAAGCCCCCCGAAACCGGGGACCUGGCGUUGCCCAAGAGGAGCACGACGCCGCCCGCCCGCAUCGGCAAGGGACCCCCCUCCUCCAGCUCCUCCCGCACCUCCACCCCCUCCCAGCACGCCCCCAAGAAGCUGCCGUCGCCCUCCCAGCUCGCCAAGCAGGGUCCCCCGGCCGCGGGCAAGGCGGGCGGCUCAUCCUCCCUGCCAGGACCCCCAGCCAGAGCCCCAGCCCCCAAGUCCCCGGCCCCCAAGCACUCCAAGACUCAGAAGUCGCCCGUCCGCAUCCCCUUCAUGCAGAAGCCCAGCAGGAAGGUGCUGCCGGGCCGGGGGGCCAUGCCGGUGCUGGAGGAGCAGGUGGAGGGCGGCAAGGCACGGGGCGGUGGGCCGGGGGGCGGCCGGCUUAACCUGGUGCGGAUGUCAUCUGCUCGUUCCAGCGGGAGCGACUCGGACCGCUCCGGCUUCCUGCGCCAGCUCACCUUCAUCAAGGAAUCCUCCAGCCUGCUGCUGCGGCACCGCACCGAGCUCUCCCCGGCGCAGCCGGCAGCCUCACUGCCUCGCCGCGCCUCUCCGCAGCGCAGCCGUGCCGCACUCCCGGCCGUCUUCCUCUGCUCCUCCCGCUGCGAGGAGCUCAAGGCGGCCAAGCCGGCAGCCCCCAGCCCGCGGCCCCUCAUCCCCAGAGCCCAGCCCGGUGGCAAAGUCCCCGCGGGGGUCAAGCCGCCGCGGAGGACCAGCUCCGAGAGCCCGUCCCGGCUGCCGGUGAAGACCAGCAUCCCCACACCCGAGCCCUUCAAGAGGUACUCAUCCUCGCCCAACAUCAGCGUGGCACGGAGGACGGGCAGCCCUUCCUCUGUCCUCUCCGCCCGCUCCGAGGCUUCGGCGCGGCGGCGGCAGACCGAGGCGGUACCCAGCGGGCAGCCGGCGAAGCCGCCGGUGGUGGUGAUGAAGGGCACCUGGCGGAGGAUUCGGGACGAAGACAUCCCCCACAUCCUCAAGAGCACGCUGCCCUCCUCCGCCCUGCCGCUGGCGGGCGCCGGCGAGGAGGAGCGCCCCGGCACCCCGGGUCCCAGGAAGACCAGUGACGCCGUGGUGCAGACCGAGGACUUCUCCACCGCCAAGACCAACUCCAGCACCUCUCCCACGCUGGAGAGCCGCGAGGGGCCCCCGCACGCCUGCACCACCUGCGACAGCGAAGCUCUGGCCCCCGCCAAGGCCACCCUGCCCAUCUCCUUCGGCCACGAGGCGCCUGCCGGGACCUUCCCCGCCAGCCGGCACGGCUCCCCGAGCAGAGCCGCCCGCGUCACCCCCUUCAACUACGUCCCCAGCCCCAUGGCGGUGACAGCGGUGGCCGACAAGGCGGUGGAGAAAAUCCAGGCUUGAGCAGCUGCCGCGGAUGAAGCCCCGGCGAGGGUCCCAUGACACCCCCUGCCCCACGGGAGCUGGCCAGGACUGUGCUGGGGGGGGCGGCGACGCGGGACGGCUGGGGAGCAGCGAGUCACCCCAACCCGCUGCCUGCCUCGGCUGGGGUCUCGCUGUAC